AUGCUUGGAAAGGGCAUCCCGUGUACCGUUGAAUUGUCCCGUGAGGGAUUGUCUGCCAUGAUGGGGAACCAGAACUGCCGUGUCGGGAUCACUUUCACCUCGUCGCCGCCGCAGGAAAUCCAUGAUUGCAUCCUUCGAAGCGAAGCUGCUACCAUGGUUUACCUCCAACAGCAUAAUUCCAUUCCCACACCUAAAAUCGAUUGGGCAUGCGAAUCCGACCCAGGGAAUCCACUGGGAGUGGACUAUAUCCUGAUGGAAAAGUUAGACGGGAACCCAUUAGAUUGGCAGGCUGCGACACUCCACCUGAAAGAGAAGGUUAUGCAGCAGCUGGUCGCUAUCUUCCUCGAGUGUCCACUCGGUUCAUUUGCUUUUGCUCUCUCGAGGGGACACAAGCUAUAA